UCUCCUCUCCGUCCCCUCCUCCUCCUCCUCCUCCUCCUCCAGUACCUCUGGCACUGGGGAGGAAAACACAGGCGGAUUUUGACACCACGUUUGGGGCUGAUUUUUUUUUUUUCAAAAUGCGACAUGCUUCCCUGUGAGCUCCGUGUUGUGCGCACAUCGCCGUGAACAGCAGCGGCAGCACCGGCUCCGGGUUUGUUGUGGACUCGCAUGAAAAGGCUGUAAGUUAGUCCGGCUGACACUUUAGUUUUUCGGGGGAUUUUAUUUCGGAUUUCCGCGCUGGGCUGACGCGCUGUCAACACGCACCGUGCAGGGACAGAGGGGGAAGGCGACGGGAGGGGACGGUCCUGUCACCCCCACCAGCGUGGAUCCACAGUGCGGGGCUAUAAACCGCUAGCAGCCUGCCAGGGGGGCACCGAGUGGGCAAAGUGAACUAGUGCUACAAACCCCCCUCCGCCGUGCAACUACAUGUGCCUGGCUCCGGCUCCCAAUGAUCUCCUAAUCCGUGGGAAUCGGCUGAGGACUGAGAACCGUCUCUGCACCCGAAGCUGACUGCGAUCAAGAUGGAGAGCGAGAAGAAGAGGAGAAAAUACUCAACGAGCAGCAAUGACUCUGACACCACAGACAGUCAGGUGACCUCAUGGUCCAGGUCAUCCAAGAAUACGGGCACCAGCAGCACAUGGGUUCGCCACCAGCACAAGAAACCAUCAGAGGUGUUUCGCACAGACUUCAUCACGGCCAUGAAGCUGCCGGACUCGGCCCAGCUCGGCCCGGAUGACUUCUACGUGCUCUCAGACCCCUGGAGACAAGAGUGGGAGAAGGGAGUACAGGUCCCUGCCAACUUGGAGGCCAUACCAGAGCCUGUGGUCAGGUCGCCGCGGGAGUCGACAAGUGGCGACGGACAGGAGGGGGAUGGAGACACUCAGACGCCUCCCACUCAGCUCUACAGCUGCUAUGACCUGGACGAUCUGGACGUCGCCUGGCUGGAGCUGGUCAACCAAGAGUUUAGACAGAUGGCCUUACCCGAGCUGGACGAGCUGACGAUGGAGUGUGUGCUGGUGGAGCUAGAGAGCGCGUGCGCGGAGAAAAUGCAGCAGGCCAUCGAAACCGAGGAAGGGCUGGGCAUCGAGUACGACGAGGACGUGGUGUGCGACGUCUGCCGCUCGCCGGAGGGAGAGGACGGCAACGAGAUGGUCUUCUGCGACAAGUGCAAUGUCUGCGUGCAUCAGGCAUGUUAUGGCAUCCUUAAGGUACCCCAGGGGAACUGGCUGUGUCGGACCUGCGCUCUGGGUGUCCAGCCCAAAUGUCUGCUCUGCCCCAAGAGAGGGGGGGCCCUCAAGCCCACCCGCAGUGGAACCAAGUGGGUCCACGUCAGCUGUGCCUUAUGGAUCCCUGAGGUGAGUAUAGGCUGUCCAGAGAAGAUGGAGCCCAUUACCAAGGUGUCCCACAUCCCCGCUAGCCGCUGGGCCCUGUCCUGCAGCCUGUGCCGAGAACACACAGGAACCUGCAUACAGUGCUCCAUGCCCUCCUGUAUUGUGGCCUUCCAUGUGACGUGCGCCUUUGACCAUGGCCUGGAGAUGAGGACCAUCCUGGCCGAGAACGACGAGGUGCGCUUCAAGUCCUUCUGCCUGGAGCACAGCUGCACUGCCAGCAACAGCAGUGCACCAACAAGCAACUGCUCUACUUCAACCAGCGUGAACAACAGCAACCACAACACCACCAUUUCCACCACUAACGGAACACAUGGCACAGCCAGAACAGACUGGGCCACCGCCGGCAUCGGUUCUGAGCUCCGGCCAGAACAGCCGCACCAACCAAACGGCAGCAGUGACCUGGAGCAGAGGUCAGUGUUGUUCCCUGUUUCGGUUUCUGUGUCGGCAGCGGAGCGAGCAGAGCGGGACCAGCUGGAGAGAGAGAAAGUGAGCCAGAGGAAACAGAAGCUGCAGGAGCUGGAAGAUGAGUUCUACCAACUGGUGGACCCAAGGGAGGUGGCUGAGAACCUGGGAAUGCCUGUCGCACAGGUGGAUUUCCUGUAUCAGUUCUGGAAGUUAAAAAGGAAGGCCAACUUUAAUCGACCUCUGGUGACCUUAAAGAGGGACGAGGUGGACAACCUGGCCCAGCAGGAGCAGGACGUCCUCUACAGACGCCUCAAACUCUUUACACACCUACGACAAGACCUGGAGAGGGUGCGUAACCUGUGUUACAUGGUGACACGGAGGGAGAAAAUGAAACACACCCUGUGCGACCUCCAAGAGAAAAUCUUCCACCUGCAGAUACAGCUACUGGAAGAGGACAUGGCUGGAGGUUUGUCAAAGUCCUUCCCCCUGGACAACUCCUUGUUCGACAGCUGGCUCGCCCAGUCGGUUCAGAUCACCGCUGAUGACAUGCUGAGCCAGUGGGCUCUGGGUGCCCAGCACGGGGACAAGAGCGGCAGCCUGCUCUCCGACCAGCUCCUGCAGGGCGAGGAGAGCCUAUUAAACCUUAUGAUGGAGAACUCCAUGCAGUCCACCUGGAAAACUCCCCAGCUGGGCCGCAAACGGGGAACCAACAAGCCCCGUGCUCGUGGACAACUUCCCACCCCCGCGCAGCCGCAGACGCCCCUCUCGGCGGCAGCCAUCUCCACCGCCAGCAGCCCCUCCACUGCAAAAAGCCUCCGGGUGAGCGUGGCGGAGGAUAAUCCUAGCCUUGUGAGCCGGAGAGGGGAGAGGUCCAAGGGUUCCUCCAAGGCACUGCACCACCACCACCUUCAUCACCAUCACCACACCAGGAGCUCUGACCUGCAGGGGGACCCACCACCACAGCCACCCAUCUCCAAAAUGGAUUCCUGUCACAUCUCGGAGGACCCCGGCCCCUGGGACAGCAUCGCCGCGGGGAAUGAUGUCGCAUCAGGAGCUGGAGCUGUUUUCCCUACGGGUUCAUCUCCACUUCCAGCCUCCAGCCCCGGGCUCACGGUUCCUGACACAGGGGCUGUCCUUUGUGGGAGGGCUCCUCGGCUCCGUCUGCCCCGCCACGGCAAAUCAAGAGGCAGGGGCGUCAACGGAGGUGGAGGCGUAGAGGCACUGGAGUCCAUUGAACUGCCGCUCAGGGACACGUCCUUGCUGGAUGCCACCGAGACUGAUGGGUACUUCUCUGACGGCGAGCAGAGCGAUUCGGACACACGCUCUGGCGGACGCAAACUCCGCUUGCCACAGUUGCAUUCUGGGAACGAGGACCUGUUGAGAAGGAGCGUGCUGGCAUCUUAAAGAACUGAGACUUAAAUCAACACACACACAAACACACAGUUACCCGAGUCCCGCUGGCUAAUUGUUUCUCCAUCUGUGCCCAGUGUGCCGUCGUCAAAACAUGGCUGGAUGGCUUCAUUCAACCAAAUCCCGGUCACAUCUACCAAUCAGAAAAUCUCUUCAGCUCACCUGCUUUGUUUUUUGGGGGGAAAUUUGAAUGUAGCUGUUUGCCUGACGUACAUUAGAGCUUCUCCACUGGACCAUAGUUUGUUGUUCGAUAACCAUAAGACGCGACAUAUUCAACAAAUAGGAAACAAAAAUUACAUUCAGUCAUUUUGUUUCUGGGUGUUGAAGUACCCUGUUCUGGCCUCAUGUCUGUGGAAUCUGUCAAAACAAACACUUUGGGGCAUUAUUAUUAAUUGUUAUUAUUCAAGCUGGUUUCAGGGUCUCCAUCUUGUUUGGUCUUUUAUGGCCUGAGAAACAUCCUACAAGUCCUUGUUGGGGACAAUGGAGACAAUUUCACACCAGACUUGUGUGUGUGAUGGUGACACCAGACAACACGUAUCCAACCUUGAAAAGCACAACUAGCUUGUCAUCAGAGCUGUAUUUUAAGCAUUCGUGUGGGUAAUGGAUGCUGCUUCAGGGUUGGGGUCAGUUCUCAUCACAGCCACUCCGUUUCAAAAAGUAACUUUAUAAGAUUUCCCUCAAAAUUUUCAGAUUUCCAGGAUUUGAAUAUUAAACAGAUCGGCCUCAACCCUGGGUCUCAUUCAGAUCGCCACACGAAGACGCAAACACACAGAUGCACACAUACUGACACACAAACUUACUCAAAGCCAAUCCCUUUGCUCACAGCACAGAAAAUAUUGGCUCUGACUUCUGUCGGCUGCUUUCAAAUUCUUCCUGGUUCUGUGUUCAUUUAUUUUUUUUAUUUCAGCCCGAAUCUUUGGAGAAAAAAAAAUCUUUGUAGAAACUCUGUGCCUUCUGUCGCUCGCCCUGUGCCCCCCCGCCCCUUCCCCCCGAAACCCCCAAUUUCUCAAUCAGUCAACCAAACAAUCAAUAGGUAGAUCAAUUUUUCAAUCGGAUUUGUAACAAUCAAAACCAAAAGGUAAUCCAGUCGGAUUGGUUACCGAGCGUGGCCAGCUCCUUGUCACCUUAACAAUUGCCUAGUGCCUGAACCGAGGAUGUGAAUGCAGCGUUUGCCAUUAAUCAACAAAGCGUCUGUGACAGUUAUCAAAGCAGAGCCACAACUGUGCUAUCGGUGCAAAGAGAUGCCUACUGUUCUAUGCCCCCACAACUAGAUCACUGCAGGUCAGAGCCAUCGAUGAGCAGAGUUUGGCCCGGUUACAGAUUCCCGAUGUAAACCAAAUGUUUAAUGGAUUGGAGGCAAAGCAAAUUGUUAUCAAUGUGUUCUGACUCCUCUGCUAGAAGUCAGUAAUUCGUCCUUUAUUUAAAUCACAUGUGGAAAAAUGCCAAAUUUUGAGGAAAAUAUAAAUCAGGAGCAGAAACAAACAAAACUGGAGAAAACAUAGAUUUAACUCAACGUAAGCUUUCUUGAAGUUUUCAUCCACAUCACACAGUCUUGAAAAGUAGGAACUAAUCUUAGCAUCUACAAAAUCGACCUUUGUCUCAUUCAUAAACUGAUGAGUUAACACGGGCAUCCAGGCUUCAAACUGCAGCUUCCAGGCAUCAAGAGAAACAAAUGAUACUUCAGUGAUUUAUCUUCUUGAUGUAGUACGAUGCCCAAAACUGACUCAUUCAACGUUGCCUCCACUGACGUCUGCCGUGGCCACGCUCUCGUCACCGAUGGCUCUGCUGCACCUUCUCCUCCUGUUCGCCGAACGAUGACAAUGUAAUGAUCAGCUUCAGAAGCCUGCGCUCUUAUGUUCAGAAAUUGAGUUCUUUGUAAAUUAGUUUCUUUUUUUUUCUUUUUUUUUUUUUAUAGGUUUUUGUUGUUCUCUCAGAGAGUUGUAUUUUGUACUUAAGCAGUCCAUGGUAUU